ACGAACAGGACAUUACAGUCUGAAAUGCAGAAUGAAGAAGUGUUGUCUGAGAUGAGUUCCUUCAUGACCUCCUUUCACUGAAAACAGCUUUGGUUAUUUUUAUCAUGACAGAGUGGAGCACACCACACUUGAAAGUCAUUCUUAUCGGAAACUCUGGAGUGGGAAAGUCUUCAUUUAUGAGCCGGUUUGUCCACCAUCGCUUUACUAAUUUGUAUCGCGCCACAAUCGGGGUAGAUUUCCUUACUAAAGAAAUCACUAUAGAUAAAAGAUCAGUGAUUCUUCAGAUCUGGGACACUGCAGGAACAGAGAGGUUUCACUCUCUGGGUACCACACUGUAUCGUGGAGCUCACUGCUGCCUUCUAGUGUUUGAUGUUACCUCGUCCGUCUCCUUUGAUGCACUAGACGUCUGGAAGAAAGAGUUCCUGGUGCAGGCAUGUCCCUCGGACCCCUCUGCAUUCCCUUUCAUAGUGCUCGGCAAUAAAAUUGACUUGGAUUAUCGUGAGGUAUCCCCAAGCAAAGCCCAGCAGUGGUGCAGUGAAAUCGGAGCUGAAUAUUUUGAAUGUAGUGCCAAGGAAGACAUUGGCGUAGACACGACUUUUCACAGUGUGGCACGAGCAGCCCUGCAGUAUCUCAUAAGACACCAUGUGGAAAAUGGAGAAGACAUCCAGAUUACACAGAAACAACAGGAGAAGAAGCCAAAUAAAAAAUGCUAUUGUUGAAGCAAGGACAAACUCCUGUGCUACUCUUAAGUGUUAAGGCCCGUUCACACCAAGGAUGAUAAUUAUGAUACAAUCAAUGUUCUAGUUCUGAGAAAAAUGAAGUCCACAACAGCUAUAAGAAUAACUACACAGAAGAACGAUAUCUUUGGAAUCAGUUUCAAAACAGUUUUUUUUUUUCAGCCGAUGAAUGAUAAAAAUAUGGAGUCAAUCAGAAUCCACCCAACUUUAAAGAGCUUGAUUAUUUAAAGUGGCAGGCGACAACUGCAGUGCGUGAUUAUAAUAAACAGAAUGUUGUCCAUUGGUGUGGAUGUUAAUAUAGUUAUUGUUUUCAGUGUGAAUGGGCAUUUAAUCUAUAGAAUUGUCAGCAGAAUUAGACAAAAAUGUUUGCUGACAGUUUUUUUAAAUUGUAAAACUAGGUGCAAAUCA